GACCAGACAGGAGGCAGAUCACAGAUUUCAACUGACGGCGCACGCGAGUAACGUAGCAUCGCCUUUCUCGGGGCAUCACAGCCUUUCUCAGCCUCUACUCUCCUGCAGGCACGUCGCUCCAGAUACGUGAGGGGUCUUGCUUUGAUGUGUUGAGGUGCACCUGAGUUGUCAGGCCGUGUGUGGGAAAAUGUGAGGAGUGGUAGGGGACGCGCCGCCACCACCAUCACCGCCUGGCCAUAAGGAUUGUCUGUGGUUUGUUUGUUGCCUUGGUUUGCGUGUCAUUGCAAAGGGGCUUAUUGCCUUGGUUUGCGUGUCAUUGCAAAGAGGCUUAUUGCCUUGGUCUGCUUCUUACCUUGAUAUUUGUGUCACUGCAAGGGAGUUUCUUUCCCUGCUUUGUUUUACCUUGAUCAGCGUCACAGCAAGGGAACCAUUACCACCUUAAUUUCAUUCUUACCUUGAUCUGCGCGUCACUACACUACAACUUAUUACCGUGAUUUCUUUCAGUUCUUGAUCUCUGCGUCACUGCAAGGGAACUCUUCAUCCUUGAUCCACCUCAGCCCUGAUUGCGUCAUGGCAGUUAAGGGAACUCUGUAUCCUUGAUUCACCUCUGCCUAGAUCUCUGCAUCACUGCAAAGGAACUCUUAUCCUUGACUUGCCUUUUAUCGAAGAUAACGCUUCAUAGACAUAGAUGAUUCCUAGGAUGAGGCCCUAGUGUUCUUCUUGCUUAUUUUAUUUUAUUUUUUUUCAAGUUGUACAAUUGUAUCUUUUGUAGGCAUGUUAAACGUGUUGGUGACUGGGUAGAGUUGUGGGUUGGUGAGCUUGUGUACCAGUAGAUACAUCCAACCAACCAACUUCCACUCUUUCAAGUAGGGAACAAGAAAAGUUACCCUUUAGACCAAAAAAGUUGUGUGCUCUUGUAAUGUUUAGGUAAGUAGCAUCUUCCCAGUGGUGUGGCAAUAUAAUGUAACCGUAACAGCUGUCCUCCCCAUUGGCAGGCAGCAGCAGCAGCAGCAGCAGCAGCAGCCGCCAUGGUGUCUUUCCUCAUGGUGGGGCGAGCGGCUCCCCAGGUGAGGGCGGCACCGACCCAGCCCGGCAGCAGGAGGGCCUUGGUGCUUCCCAUGGUUCACCCGAGCCAGGUGAGGCUGAUCCACCGUGGCCCCUUUUGGCCAUUCUCUCAGAUGGAGUAGUUCGUGAGGGACAUGGAGAGGAAGUUCAAGAGAGACAUUGAGGACAUCCUAGGAACCUUUGCCAAGAAUUUUCCAGGAACUCAGCUGCCCAUGUUGAGUGUAAUGGCCAGGGCAGUGCACCCCACCUUUGGACAGAUGGAAAACGUAUCAACCCCUGAGAAACACAAGCUGAACUUCUAAUUCAUGAGUGCCAAGCCUGAGGACAUCAAGGUCACUCUUAAAGACCUGGUGGUGGUGAGGGAGCGCCUGGCAUCCGUCAAGAACAAGGUGCUGGUGCUGUCUGGCAAGGGAGGCUUGGGCAAGUCCACUGUGAGUGUCAUGUUGGGCCUUACCUUGGCCCUCGACGACUCCAAGGAGGUGGGGUUCCUUGACAUUGACAUCUGUGGGCCGUCUCAGCCGCGGGUGUUGGGGACAGCAGAGGAGAAGGUCCACUCUUCAGGUGUUGGCUGGUCCCCUGUGUAUGUGUCUGACAAUCUGGCUGUCAUGUCCGUUGGGUUCCUGCUCAACAGUGCAGACGACGCUGUCAUCUGGAGGGGACCCAAGAAAGAUGUGAUUGACGAGGUAGUGUUUAAGCAUGUAGCUGUGGAUGAAGUGGCUCUGCUGGAUGUGAGGAAGGAAAUCACAUUCUGCAGGAAAGUGAACAUUCCCAUCAUUGGCCUGGUGGAGAACAUGACCACCUUUGUGUGCCCCAAGUGUAAGACCAAGACGGCCGUCUUCCCUGCCACUACUGGAUGUGACCCCCAGCUGGCAGAGGAUACUGAGAUGCCACUGCUUGGCCAGCUGCCGCUGGACCCCCGGGUGGCCCAGGCGUGUGAUGAAGUCACCAACAUUCCGACACAAGAGCCAGAUGCUGCUGUCACUCAGGCAUACAAAGACAUUGCAAACAAAAUCAAGGAGUACUGUGACACACAGUCCCAAGAAGCCACUUGACCUGCAGCGGUAGCAGCAGCAGCAGCAGCAGUCAUCACCACACUAACCAACACAUUCUACAGAAAAGUCUUGUUAUUCAUGCAGAGGUUUAUUUUACAUUUACUUCUUAAAUCCAUAUUAUUAACAUCA